CUAGUGGGCUAGGUACCACCACAGAGCAGUGGUUUAUGGAAGACUUGACUUUUUCACAAGUAGUGGAGUAAUAUUGAUAUAUUUCCCUAUGUAAAAUGAAAGAGCGCCGGCGGUGAAUCGGGGACUCGGGCAGGGGUGGGGGGGAACGGAUACAUAGUAGUGGUCGUUGGUUGGACUCUGGUGGGCUGUGUGUGUGUGUGUCUCUGCGGUCCGCAAUCAAAUACUGCUGUAACAGUUGGCUGGUAGUAUGACGCAGGAGGCGGUACGAGUUAGAGUGAGGGACAGCAACAAUGCUACUGAGGAAGGGGAUCAAGAAUUCAAGAACACGAAUUUUUUGUCUAUCCUAGCGACUGAGGAUCGAGACUUUCUGCUAUCUGCAACUGGAGCUCAGUACGUGUUGAUGCAGGUUAAAAUUUCUGAACUUGAAGGCAAAAUUGUUGGUAUUUACUUUUCAGCUAAUUGGUAUCCACCAUGUAACAACUUUACCCCUCUUUUGGUGAAUGCUUUUGAGGAAUUUAAGAGUCAGACUCCCGGUUUUGAGGUAGUUUUUGUGUCAUGUGAUGAAGACUUGGAUGCCUUCAAUAACUAUCGGGCGUGCAUGCCUUGGCUUGCAAUCCCAUUUUCUGAUUUGAAUACGAAGAAAAAUUUGAAUAGCAGGUUUGAUGUAGAAGGUAUUCCUUCCCUAAUUAUUCUACAACCUGACAAUUACAAAGUCGAUGAAGCAAUUCAUGAUGGAGUUGAACUCCUGUACCGCUAUGGGAAGCAGGCCUUUCCAUUUACUAAAGAGAGGUUGCAGGAACUACAGGAGAGAGAGAGGGAGAAGCAUGAAAAUCAGACGUUAAUGAAUCUGUUAACGAGCCAAAAUCGAGAUUUUCUAUUGGGUCACUCAACAUCCAAACUGGUCCCAGUUGCAUCCUUGAAGGGUAAGACAGUUGGACUUUAUUUCUCAGCGCAAUGGUGUUUUCCAGGGGUGAAGUUCACUUCUAGGUUGAUAUCUAUCUACCAAAAAAUCAAAGAAGUGCUGCUGGAAAAAGGCGGUGAAGACUUCGAAAUAGUUUUUGUGUCAACUGACCGUGAUGAAUUAUCCUUUAACUUAUUUUUUGGGACCAUGCCAUGGCUAGCAUUGCCUUUUAAUGAUCCGACCAUCAAGAACCUUACUAAACAUUUCGAUGUUCAAUGGAUCCCUAGCUUGGUAAUUCUAGGCCCUGAUGGAAAAACAGUGACCAAGAAGGGAAGGAAUCUGGUAAACCUGUACCAAGAAAAUGCUUACCCGUUCACUGAAGCUCGAACGGCAUUGCUGGAGAAGCAAAUGGAUGAAGAAGCUAAAAGCCUGCCCAAAUCCAAGUACCAUGUGGGACAUCGCCAUGAGCUCACGCUAGUGUCUGAAGGCAGCGGAGGAGGACCUUACAUUUGCUGUGACUGUGAUGAGCAAGGACUUGGAUGGGCGUAUCAGUGCAUGGAGUGUGGCUAUGAGGUGCAUCCUAAGUGUACGAAGUCGGCGGAGAGACCUCCUGGGAGCGAUAGACAACGUUCUUGAAUGAUUGACCAUAAUGGGCUAGUUCUGUUGGGUCCUAUCGAAUCUAUAUCAUUGCUGAGUACUGCGUAUGGGCAAGAAAAAUGGUUCAUUUUCAUCUGAUGUAACAAAGGAAUGCAUUUAUAGGUUGUGGAUUGAGUGAGCUAUAGUUUAAAGUAAAAUCCUAUUCGCCAAAAAAAGGUUUUUUAGGGGAAAAUUCGUCUACCAUGUGUGUGGCUUUUACGUUCGUUAUUGUAUAUAAGCAAAUUCUAAAAAGAAAACCAUAAUGGUUAUGACCCAUGAAUGUAUUCUAUGACCCAUAACAUUAUGUUCUUGUACAUUUUCACCCAUUCUGUUCCCA